UCACUCUACUGAUACUAACUGCGUACAGUAUAAAACAAGCAGAGUCAUCAUUGUAUACUCGAGAAGACAAAUCCGAAGACCAGAAAGAUGCCUGCAAUAGAUCCAGAAAUACUCAAAGUAUUCGGCUUUUGGAGCAGUAUCUUGGUUUUGAAACUGCUGGCAAUGGUGCCGUUAACUGCACGACAGCGAUUUAGAAAAAACGUAUUUGCAAAUCAAGAAGAUAUUGCGUUUUCAAACAUUAGCAAAGGCAAGGUGGUUUACAAUGAUUCAGACGUGGAGCGUGUACGUAGGGCACACUUAAACGAUUUGGAGAACAUUCUCCCUUGGUUCAUUGUCACGUACCUCUGGCUAGGAACAGGACCUUCGCCAUGGUUGGCCAAAACUUUUAUUCGAACUUUUGUACUUUCUCGUGUAAUUCACACUGUAUCAUAUGUAUUUUUUCAACAACAACCUACGAGAGCGAUAUCUUUCUUCGUGGCAUAUGGAAUUAUGGGCUACGAAGCAGUUAAGACAUUAUUGUACUAUUCCUAAUUUUUACAUAAAUCUUUGAAGCAAUCAAAUCUGAACGUACGUAAGAUAAACGCAAUAAUUAUACAAGUUGU